AUGGUCGCUCUUAAUUGCCAUGACCCUGGUCCCUCGACCAGUGCUCCCAACCGAGGGGAGAAUAGUAGAAAGGUUAAUCACAGAUGGGCUAAUGACGAUCAGCAGAAAGGAAAGAAACAGCGAUUUGAGCCCAAAAAAUAUUAUGCCCAAGUUCCUUGUCGUGAUCGCGACAAAAGCCAAUACACUCCUUUGAAUGCCUUAGUGCCAGCCAUUCUGGAUAAGUCAGAGGAGGCCAGCCUGCUCAGAGAGUCAGAGCCAGAGCCCAUAAAGAAUCCCUUCUUAGCCAGGAAUAGCAAAAAGUAUUACCGCUAUCAUCGGGAUAAUGGGCAUCACACUGAUCAGUGUUGGGCUCUCAAGCAAGGUCAAGAGGAACAAGGGAAGAAGCGUCGUGGUCGUAAAGGUCUCUACUGUGUGGGGAUCAUCUUUGGAGGACCACACCUCGCGGACAAUUCUCAAGGUGCCCAGGAAAGAUAUGUUGGGGAAGCUCGUCAUGACCCCAUGAGUGUGAUGAACACGGCACUGCGACCCGCUAAGGUUCAUAGGGAAGAAGAGAUUACCUUCUUUGAGAAAGACGCGGUGCGAUUGUAUCAUCCCCAUGAUGAUGCACUCAUCAUCACGCCUGAAAUAGGUUGGUGUGAAGUCCACAGAAUAUUGGUGGACAAUGGAAGCGCUGUGAAUAUCUUGUUUCAGCGAGCUUUCGAAAAAAUGCAAUUAGACGAGACAGACCUGAAGCCUGCCUCUAUCCCACUCUACGAGUUUACUGGGGAUCAUCUGAUUCCUAGGGGAACAAUUGCACUCCCUAUCACUUUGGGUGAGACCAAUGAAGUGACCAAGAUGACGGAGUUCUUGGUAGUAGACUAUACGUCUGCCUUUAAUGGCAUUUUGGGACGACCUUUACCACAAAGUUUUAAGGCCAUCACCUCAAUCUAUCAUUUGAAAAUGAAAUUCCCCACUCCGACGGGGAUUGGGGAAGUAAAAAGAUCUCAACGUGAAUCUCGUGACUACUACAUAAGAGCAGUGCAAAUGGCGUGCAAGGGAAAAGAAAGGCCACUAGGCAUCCCCGAGCAGGCUAUGACGAUCAGCAGGAUCGAGCCAUAG